CAAAGAAAGAAGGCAGAUGAGAGAAGAGAAGAAGAAAGAAGACUAGAAGAGGAUAUCCAUCAUCCCAACUGCUUCUCCUGCUGCUGCUUCUGUUGUCUCAAAAACUCAUCUUUACCUGACCCAACCUGGUUGACGAGCAGAGCAGCGCACAGAUCUCAAGCAGCAGCAGCAGCUUCUCGUCUCAUCGGGGUAGGUGAGGAUGGACUCUGAUCCGCCGCCACCGCCGCCGCAAGCCGACGGCGAGAAGCAGCAGCUGGCCUUCGAGGCGCCGUCGCAGCCGGUGAGGGAGGACUACGUGCAGAACGCCGUCAAGUUCCUCUCCCACCCCAAGGUCAGGGGCUCCGCCGUCGUCUACCGCCGCUCCUUCCUCCAGAACAAGGGCCUCACCAACGACGAGAUCGACGAGGCCUUCCGGCGAGUCCCCGAUCCGCCGCCCACCACCGCCUCCCCUCCCACCCAGGCCCAGGCCCCUGUCCACACCGCUGCGGCGCCUCCACAAGCUUACGCCCCACCGGCAGGCCCCAUCGUCGUCGCCGCGCCGCAGCCCAGGCUCACCUGGUACCGCGCCUUCGUCGCCGCCGGCCUCCUGCUCGGCUUCGGAGCCAGCGCAGCCGUCUUCAUCAAGAAGCUGCUACUCCCCAGGCUCAAGUCAUGGAUCCACAGGGUCGUCGCAGAAGGCGAUGAGGCCACCGAGCUCAAGGCCAGGAUCGACGAGGAGACCAGGGAGGCCGUCAAGGCCUCCGCCACCGCCGUUUCCGCCAUCGCCCAGACCAACCAGGAGUUGCUCGCUUCAAAGGAUGAAGAGAAGAAGAUACUCGUGACCUUGACACAGGCCCUGGACUCCCAAGCAAAGGUGUUAAAAUCGUUGAGCGAGUCGUUGAGCCAUAGCAGGGACUCCGUAAAUAUUACCAGGGAGGAUAGGUUUUCGCACUACCGCCCAUUGGAGGAACAUGCCCCCUCCGCCGCAAGGAAUGGGCCUGUUAACACUCCAUGGAGACCUCCUCAGCAACCUAAUAUGUAUGGUGCCCCAAACAGCGACUUCGGCUCAGGGAGGCCUUCGUUUGCGCCAGCACCUACUGAACCUACCUCUGGAUCAUAUUCAAGAUCGUAUGUUGAGCAGACAGUGCAGCGAGGGGAUAAUCGAUCUUCUGGGACCAAGCAGCAGGCAUUGGAGAUGCUGCAACAUGCACAGCAAAAGAUUGGUUAUGGAUCCAACGCCUACCUGAACGAGGAUGGAUCAUACUCUCAGGCUCAGGACAACUAUGCGCCCUCGUACCACCAGAACGGGAAGGCCCCUGAUUUUCACGCGGAGGAGCCGAGGCCGCUGGCAUACAGCAGCGGUGUUGUGGAAAGGCCGCUGCCUCAACGCCAGUGGGUUCCCCCUCAGCCUCCAGGUGUUGCCAUGCCAGAAGCAGCGGCUGCCAUCCGUCAACAGAAUUCCCUUGCAAAGCAAUCUUCAAGCGACACGUCCGUGGCCGCUAGUGAGGUGCAGGUGAACGGCGCCGCGAGCUCGCCUUCCGUCGCCGUCGCCGAGGUGCCGGUUAACGGCAGUGCCGCAAGCGAUGCUGGACGCAGCGAGAUGGAAGAGCAGGCGGAAGCCGUCUAAGCACCAGCCUGACGACCAUCCGACAAGGGCAACACAAUCUAAGUUGUAUAAGCCGGAUCCUGGUACAUAUGGCAGUUUGUCAUAAAUUUGUGAUCAAUGUUUGGAUUGCCGCCUAGAGAUGGAAUAAAGAACAAGUCACACUCAAAUCUGGCUAUGUGAUUCUGGGUUUAGACCAUGUAUAUGCUGUCUGCUCUACACUUAAAAAAUAAUAAGAGAAGAUUUCUUA